UAUUGAAUUUCAGAAGGAAUACCAUUGCAUUCAUAAUACAAAACCAAAACGAAAUACUAAGCCUCAUUAAAAGCAUCUAAACUGUAAUGCCAAAAUGAUUGUAACCAUUAAAAACAAGGAAAUGAAAAGAAGCAAUGAUGUCUUUUUAAAGAAGUACCCCUGUGAAAUUUUUUUAAGGAACACCCAUAAUCAUUCAAUAUAUAUUUCAUCAGCACUAAAGUUCCGUCCACCUAGUCAACAGUUGCAGGAAGAAUUUAAAUUAUUAUUCACUAAAGGACAUUCACCAAGCACAGCAUACAGUCUCUUUAAAGAUGAAUUAUAUGAAAAUCGUAAUCAAAGGUACAAUGAAAUUGUAGCUGAUGGCAGUAAAUGCCCAACACUGAAGUGGGUAUAUGAUCUGUACUAUCAAAUAUUCAAAAGAGAAUAUGGUGAGCCUACAGGUGUCGAAAUGAUUGUGUCAAUGGAAAAUGCAAUAAAAGAUUAUAAUAAAAUGUGA